AUGGUCGUGACUGUCCGGGCUACAGGCGAAUCUUUCGCUUUCAAGACGAAGGCCCCAAUCUGGAGCGGCGACAUCGCUCCAACACGCGACGGAAGGGAAGAAGCGCAGGCCCAGCCGCAAGUAGUGCGUGGCAAUGCGAUUGCGCUCAUGCAACGACACUCCUCCUUGGGUGGCUGGGAUGAAAAAGUGUCGCCGUCCCUGGUGCGCAAGUCCUUCCGUGCCGCCCAACCACAGUUAUUUCUGGACUUCAUCAGCACGUCGUUUCCGACCCUCUAUUAUCAUAAUCGAUUCCGGUCUGGCAACACGCCCGGGUUCGCCGAACACAUCGUCAUGAAUUUUGGCAAGGAUGUGUACCUCGACUAUGCAGUUUGCUGCUUGAGCUCCGUCUAUUUAGCGCACCUGACUCAAGAUAAGGCUCUCCUCAAAGCAAGUCGACAAAUGUACUCCAAGUCGCUGCGUGAUGUUAUCCGGUCCAUUCCGAAACUCGACCAUGCCAAGUCUGACAACAUGCUAUGCACAUCUAUCAUCCUGAGUGUCUUCGAGAUGUACGCGCAGACCACGCCCGACGCCUGGGUCGUGCAUUCCGACGGCGCCAAGCGGCUGAUGAUAAGCCGAGGCCCAGAAGCGCACGGGACCGGGUUCGGAAGAUGGUGCUGGAUUGCUUUUCGCGGCUUCUUCAUUGCCACAGCAGUCUAUGAGGGCAAACCCUGCUUCCUAGACCAAGAAGAGUGGCAAUCCUACGCGACGAAAGUCAGGGCCGAAGACUGCAAGAAACCCGGCGAGUGGUCUGUAUACGGAGAAAUAUCCGAUUUGGCUUUCAUGGAACUCGCCAAAUGCCCACGGUAUAUCAGCGAGACCCGUGACCUACUUUCAAUGCUGGACGAGCCAGACACAAUUUCAAUUACAAAUCUCAUCGGCCGCAUACAUGACACUUCCCGUCGGCUGCGCUCGUUCGCUGCGGAGCUUCGGGCAUGCAUCAGCGCGCAUAGUGAGCGUCAGCAAGGGAUCGUCCAGCGUCCUGGUUCCUUUAUAGGCCCUGUGCCAGAGACCUUCCCGGACACCGGUCCAUCGCUGCUCCUCAAUGGAACAGAAAGUAUGAUAGAGACGCUGCAGCAGCUCUCCGACCGUCUUGGAGACCGACUGCGUUUCAUUUCUGUCCCGGAUUCACCGGAGUCGUCUGUUGCCACGCCAUCCAGUAGUGGCAGUGAAUAUCUUAUUUCCCCCACUUCAACGACAUCGAAAAGCUUCGCCCUCCCCUUUCGCAUUCAUUCCGAGCUUGGACGGGGUCCGUCUAAGACUUCUGAUCCACAAGACCCCCGCGCGGUGAUUUGGUUGGAUCGCAUAGCGUCGUCAAUGGGUGUCCUCGGCGCAAAGGUCCUCCCGGCUGAUGCGAGUGCUUCAGUACCGAUGGACGGCUCAUCACCUCAAGUUUUUGAGUUGGCGUAG